UCCCCUCUUCAAAAACUCAUACCCCAUCCCCGAGGCUCUUCCCUGAAAAAGCGGGAACUCCCUUGCAACCACCUGGCUCUCUAAACAGCCGCCCCCACUCACCACCACAACAGCCGCCGCACCAUUCCCAUAGUCUCAUAAACUUCUUAAGGCAAGAUUUGCGUGUCGUGAGAUCCACUCCUUUCGUUCCUCAGUUUUAGGUGCAAUAAAAACUGAAAUAUUUUUAGAAGAAAACAGAGUAGCGGUUAAGAAGAGUCGCUUAAAUCGUUAUGGAGCAGAAGCACAUAGUGUUAUCGGCGUUGAGUGUAGGAGUAGGGGUGGGGGUGGGAAUAGGAUUGGCGUCAGGAAAAACAGUGAGUAAAUGGAGAGGAGACGCAUCCGACGGUAUAAAUUCGGAGACGAUGGAGCAAGAAUUGCUUAGGCAAGUUAUUGAUGGAAGAGAUAGCGGCGUCACCUUUGAUCAAUUCCCUUACUACCUCAGUGAGCAGACCCGGGUAUUACUAACAAGCGCUGCCUAUUUCCACUUGAAGCAUGCUGAAGCUUCCAAGUAUACGAGGAACCUUUCACCAGCAAGUCGGGCCAUUUUGCUUUCAGGACCUGCAGAGCCUUAUCAACAAAUGCUGGCCAAGGCUUUGGCACAUUACUUUGAAGCCAAAUUGCUGCUGUUAGAUGCGACCGACUUUUCUCUUAAGAUACAGAGCAAAUACGGUGCAAACAAAGAAUCUUUGUUCAAAAGAUCCAAUUCAGAGACAACACUAGAGCGAUUGUCUGGUUUCCUUGGAUCAUUUUCGAUUCUUCCACAAAAAGAGGAGCCCAUGCGCUCACUGCAUAGGCAAUCUAGUGGUGUGGAUAUUCCAUCAAGGGGGCUAGACAGUUCUUAUAAUCCUCGGAAGCUAAGAAGAAAUUCCUCUGCUGCAGCUAAUCUAAGCAAUGAAAUUACACAGAGUAGUCCUGCAAAUACAGCUCCUUUGAAGCGUACAAGCAGCUGGUCUUUUGAUGAGAAGCUUCUUAUACAGUCUCUUUACAAGGUUCUGGUUCAUGUGUCUAAAACUAGUCCCAUUGUGUUGUACCUGAGGGAUGCAGAGAAGAUCUUAUUCAGAUCAAAGAGGACGUACAAUUUGUUUCAGAAGAUGUUCAAUAAACUGUCUGGAUCGGUACUGAUCCUUGGUUCACGAGUUUUAGAUCUGAGUAAUGACUCCAGAGAGGUCGACGAGGGGCUUACUGCUCUUUUCCCAUACAACAUUGAAAUCAAGCCUCCUGGAGACGAAACUCAUCUUGUCAGCUGGAAAAAUAAGCUAGAGGAGGAUAUGAAGAUGAUCCAAGUUCGCGAUAAUAGAAAUCACAUCAUGGAAGUACUUUCAGCGAAUGAUCUGGAUUGUGAUGAUCUGGAUUCAGUCUGUGUGGCAGACACAAUGGCUCUCAGUAAUUACAUAGAAGAGAUUGUGGUGUCUGCAAUUUCUUACCAUUUAAUGAACAAAUAUCCUGAAUACAGAAAUGGAAAACUUGUCGUGUCAUCCGAAAGUUUAUCGCAUGGAUUGAGUAUAUUCCAGGAGAGCAAGUCCAUGGGCAAAGAUUCAUUGAAAGUGGAAGCUCAGGCAGAAACAUCCAAGGAAGCAGGAGGGAAUGAGACUGUUGCUGUGAAACCAGAAACAAAAGCUGAAGGUGUAAAUCCAGAAAAUAAAAGUGAAGUAGAGAAAAAGGCUUCAGGGGUUAAGGCAGUUGGUGAAAAUUCCUUACCAGCAUCAAAAGCUCCGGAAGUUCCUCCUGACAAUGAAUUUGAAAAACGCAUAAGGCCAGAGGUGAUACCUCCGAAUGAGAUUAAUGUAACUUUUUCCGACAUUGGUGCCUUGGAAGAGACCAAAGAAUCGCUUCAGGAACUAGUGAUGCUUCCUCUUCGUAGACCAGACCUCUUUAAAGGAGGACUGCUAAAGCCUUGCAGGGGAAUUUUGCUGUUUGGCCCUCCUGGAACUGGGAAGACAAUGCUUGCAAAAGCUAUUGCUAAAGAAGCUGGAGCCAGCUUCAUCAAUGUAUCUAUGUCAACCAUUACUUCCAAAUGGUUUGGUGAAGAUGAGAAGAAUGUCCGAGCUUUGUUCACACUGGCAGCAAAGGUUUCCCCAACUAUUAUAUUUGUAGAUGAGGUUGAUAGCAUGCUUGGGCAGAGAAGUAGAGCUGGGGAGCAUGAAGCGAUGAGGAAGAUAAAGAAUGAGUUCAUGACUCAUUGGGAUGGGCUUUUGACAAAUCAGGGUGAGCGCAUACUUGUGCUCGCUGCCACCAACCGGCCAUUUGACCUUGAUGAAGCAAUUAUUAGGCGUUUUGAGCGGAGAAUUAUGGUGGGGCUUCCUUCUGCGGAGCACAGGGAAAGGAUUUUGAAAACUCUCUUGGGAAAAGAAAAGAUGGAAGGACUAGAUUUUAAGGAGCUUGCUACUAUGACAGAAGGAUAUUCAGGAAGCGAUCUUAAGAACUUGUGCACUACAGCUGCCUAUCGGCCUGUCAGGGAGUUGAUACAACAAGAAAGAUUAAAGGAUUUGGUGAAAAAACAAAGAGCUGAAGCAGCAAAAAAAUUAGGAGAAGCUACUGAUACAAAAGAAGUAAAAAAAGAGAGAGUCAUCACCCUUAGACCACUAAAUAUGGAAGACUUUAAGCUUGCAAAGAAUCAGGUUGCCGCUAGCUUUGCUGCAGAAGGAGCUUCAAUGAACGAGUUGCAGCAGUGGAAUGAAUUGUAUGGGGAAGGAGGUUCAAGGAAAAAACAGCAGUUGACCUACUUCUUAUGAGAUGAAACUAGAACCCACAACCAAGGAAAGCUCGUCUCUUCACUCGCAGAAACGAAGAACACCGAUGGAUUGCUAAAGCUUCUUCUUUGCCCUCAAGGUUCUCUUCUCGGCCCCCAACUAAAUUGAACAGAUGAACAGAGAUAGGUUGAGCAAAUGCGAAAAAGAAAAUGAUGGGAAAAACUUUCAACUUUCUGGUUAACCUGACCUUCAUGUAAUGUCGUAUUACCUACCUAUAUUUGGUGUGUUUAUAAUGCUUCAGAUUAACAGACCCUGGGAAUAAGAGCGCAACUUGACACUUGACUGUGCUGUUUUCGGCCAUGCUGCCUGAUGAAAAUGAAACAGUAGUCAUGUUGAUGGAAUUUUCAUCUCA